CCUCUUCCCUGGAGGGAGAGAGAGUUAUUAAAACCAGACAGUGUUAAGAUAACUUGCAGCCGACUAGACCUAUAGACCUGUUUCUCUUCAGCCUGUGGUCGACUUACACCGUUCAACAGGGGCCUGUUUGGAAAGUUUCAGAGGGAAAACAUUUUAACAACUCGGGGGAGGGGAAAGUAAAGAGCAUCAGCGCCAAAAUCAUCCCACCGUCAUUCAACACCCUGAUUCCAGCUAAAUGUCUAUUUAAAGUACAAGACUGAGCACAAGAAAAGACAUGAGGGUGCAAACUUUCUCAAGAGCGCAAAUCCUAGAGGAGUUUCGUGUUCGAUGCCAGGAACUCACAGCCUACGACUACAGAGGCUUCAAACAGGAGUUUGAGGAGCUAAAUGACGUUGGCAAAGAUCUCCCCACCAGAGCAGGGGAGUCGGAAGCCAACAGAGAGAAGAACAGGUACCCCUACAUAUUACCAUAUGACCACUGUCGGGUGAGGCUGUCCAUUCAAAACUCCCAACCACACACCGACUACAUCAAUGCCAAUUUUGUGCCUGGUGGAGGAUCGGAGAGAGACUUCAUCUGCACUCAGGGUCCUUUGCACAACACAAUUGCUGACUUCUGGAGGAUGGUGUGGGAGCAAAAUGUCAGGAUAAUCGUCAUGGUGACAGCGCUGAGACACAAGGACAUAUUGCUGUGUGAUAAGUAUUGGCCUCUGGAGCGAGGGACAGUUUAUCAUGGACGGAUCCAAGUGACGACAGUGAACCGUAAACAAGGUCCAGAUUAUUAUGUUAGCACCAUUGUCCUCAGACAGAGAGAAUGUCCGACAGACAGGAUAAUCACACAUUACUACUACCCUUCCUGGCCGGACCGGGGCGUCCCUAAAGCGGUGUCCUCACUCUGUGCCUUCACUGAGCAUGUGCGGCAAAAUCUGGAGAGCAUCCCCCGCUUGGGGCCAGCUGUAGUUCACUGCAGUGCAGGUAUUGGCCGUUCAGGGACAUUUGUGACCUUGUUGUGGCUGAUGCAGCUGUGUGUGAGGGGCAUCCGGCCUGAUAUCCGGGCAGCUGUGGAAGAUCUGCGGCUCCAUCGAAUGUGGAUGGUCCAGAAUCUGGAACAGUACAUAUGUGUUUAUCAGUGUCUGCUACACUGGCUCAGUGGGGGAACCUCAGCACGCAGCCCACAAACUCACGGAUCCAGUUCGAAUAUUAACCACCACAAUCAGGAGCUACCCCACAGCUCAUCAUCACAGGGAAGAAGAGGGAGGAGGAGACGUCACCAUCGUCACCAGACACCUCCAUCAGACCAACCACAGAACACAGUGCAGCAGAUUUUACACCCUGGGAACUUACUGAGGAGGUUACUGCCAUCUUCAUCACUGUUUAAUUCAGGCUCACACACCUCCUGAGCUCACAUACUGUGUAGCUCAUAAUAGAAAAACAAACAACACACGGCUGGGUACAAAAGAGUGCCCUCAUGAAGUACUUGAGAAGGAAGGAGAAAGACUGCAGAAAUGUUGUGCGUGUACGACGAUGACAGGCCCUGCAGGCGUGAAACUGGUCUGACAACAUGCAAAUAAAUGCCAGAAACCAAACACGCAGCAGUUUGUAUUGCCACCAGAAGGGAAAAUUAAGUACAGAACCAGCUGCUCAGGCCAAACCUGUUCUUCUACUGUGAAUCACUUACCGUGAAAUGCAUGAGAACAAUGAUCAGGCUGCUAUCAGUGCAUGAAGUGCUCCAUCUACUGAAUUCAGCUAAUAAAUCGAUAUAAACGACAAAUUUUUGUACUCCUGUUUGCCUCCAUGAGUGAUGAAGUGAUGUGGUGAGAUGACUUUUAUUUAGGCCCCCCCUUCUUUUUUUUGAAAAAAGAAAAAAAAAAAAUUAUAUAU